AAAAAUGAAAAGUAAGCCAUCAAGAUAAAUGGUAAUUCAGGGCAUGUAAUCAUUGUGUAGCUUGACGAUGAGGCUUUAUCUUCUCUUAAAGAAACAUGCAGAAUCAACAACAAGUGGCACAACUGUUUAACUCCCUCGGGCCAGUCAAUGGAAAACUUAGUGGAAAAGCUGCACAUGCUUUUCUGCUGACAUCAAAUCUUCCUACCCACUCUUUAAAAGAUAUAUGGACUAGAUCUGACAGAGACAGGGAUGGUUUCCUCACCCUCGAGGAAUUCUCAACAGCGCUCAGUCUCAUUAAAAACUUCAAGAGGGGCCUUAACUCUGCUGCAGCUAACAGUAUGCACGCCAUACCGAUGGCUAAUUCUCCCCAGCAAUGGUCCACAGCCUCCUUAAGCAAGACUAAACUCUCAGCCGCUGCCGCUAACUGGUCCUCCUUCUCCUCCGACCAAGGCAGGAACAUGUCCCCUAUGAAAGCUGGAGCAAGCAGCUUAUCCUCUGUACCUGCCUCGAUAAGCUCGGAGGUGUGGGUAGUUGAUCUGAACUCCAAGAAACGGUACCUUUCUCUUUUUAACAGACUGGACAACCGCAGAACGGGAUCUGUAGUAGGAUCUUUGGUAAGAGGAGAGUUCAUGCAAACAGGGCUGUCUGCUCCAAUACUCAGUCAGAUCUGGAACUUGUCAGAUAUUACCAAUACGGGGUCCCUCUCGGCGGACGAGUUCUGUCUUGCCAUGUACCUGGUUGAGAGCGCACAGAGAGGAAGGAUCCACCUCCGUCUCUUACUCCAGCCCUGGUUCCUCCACAAUACCGUCACUAUCUCCUUAAAGACCAGACAGCUUCUCCCCCUAAACCUGACUCCAUCUUUACCAAAGGUAUGUUAUAUUAUAAUAUGCUACUAGUGAUUACUGCGCGGUGAAGUCGAAAUUUUAUCGAAUGUAGAUUAGUGUAAUUGUAUUAAAAGUAAUUUAAAAACCAAAUUUCGAGCUU